GGUCCAUUCGGAUGGUAAUGUUUACACCGACCAUAACUAAAAUAAUAGUAGCAUUCAAUCGAUGCUAACCAAGCCAACCAACGCUCUCAAAAUAAAUUACGUCCGAAUUUCAGUUCAAUAUUAGUUUCUUAUCGCAUCCAAUAUACGAUCUACACAAAAAAAUAGAUGAAACUCCUUGACAUAGCGCGCUCAAGCACCAGGCACGUGCGUUCUCCAGCAAAAAGAGCAACAGCGGUCCUCGUACCGCUACAUGGAGCGACAAAUCCGCGACCCCUUCGUCAAACAAGCGCAGAACGAGCAAUUUCGCUCCCGCAGCAGCUUCAAACUAAUCACUCUCCUCGACACCCACCGGCUCCUCCCAGCCUCCCCCCACGCCUGCAUCCUCGACUGCGGCGCAUCCCCAGGCGGCUGGAGCCAAGUGAUCUCCCGGCGGAUCUCUGCGGCCAAAGCAUCCGCCCAGUCAACAGCCCCACCAUUGCCACGCAUUAUUUCGCUCGACUCCUCCCCAUGCGACCCAUCCCUGGGGUUCACUUUAUCCAGGGUGAUUUUUUCGAAAGCCCGGUGAAGCGUGAGAUCGAACAGGUGCUGGGCAGCCGGAGGGUCGGCCUGUUGUUGUCGGAUAUGGCGCCGUCAUUCACGGGUAAUCGCGGCACGGACGCUGAUCGCACGAUGAAUUUGUGCGAGGAUGUGCUGGCGUUCUCAGAGGAUGUGCUGGCGUUUGGCGGCAAUAUGGUUGUCAAGUUUUUCAUGGGCGGCGCUGAGCCGGAGUUUAGGGCGCGGCUGCGGGAGAGAUUCGAAAGAGUCGUGGUUGAGAAACCAGAGGCGUCGAGGAAGCAGUCGGCUGAACAAUAUUUUGUGUGCAUUGGCAAGCGGGAAACCCCAAAGGAUCUGUGAACUAACAAUGGUCGAAUUGAAAUCCCAAGUGGAAGGGAAUGGAGGGAGGAGAGGGGAAGCAUGUGACUGUGGAUUCACGCCCACCCCACUAAUCGCCAUCCCAUUCGCUAUAGUGUUCUUAAUUAGUGUGCUCUCUGUAUGCGUGUUAUGCGUGUAUGUGUGAGGUGCUGAUGAGGGCAGCAAUCGAUUGUUUUUUGCUUCCUCCUUUUA